AUGUCUUAACAUGUAUUCCUGACUAUGGUUGUUUCCUAACUUCGAAGAAGCACAACUACUCCCGUGAUUUCGACUGGAUAUUGCAGUAAUUAAUGUCAUCUGAACACUUCAACGGCGGUAUUAAAUGGCCCGCAAACCAGAAAAUGGAAGACUUCUCUGGUUUGGCCCUCCCUCCUCUAUUUGGGGGUCACAUCCUAGAAGCAGAACUAGAGCCAGGCGGUGUAGAACUCGGACCCGGGGAGGUGGAAUUGGGCCCGGGGGGCAGUGAACUGCUGGAGAGCGCUGCCCCAGAAGACGAAGAGAGAAGAGUUCUUGAUAAGAGGAAAUAUCUGGCGUUGCACAGGCGAUGCAAAGAAAUUGAACAGGUGAAUCACAAGAUCCUCGGCCGCCUUCACCAAGUCCAAAGACUGACUCGACGUUUGAAGAAAGAGAGGCGGUUCCUCAUGAAGACCCUUGAUGCUCACGGAGACGACUACAGGAAUGCUCAGCUCACUAUGCUGCUGGAGGAUGAGCCGGGGGCGCCUACGGACAUGACUGCCGGAACUGCGGAUGACCGGAUGAACGGUGUGUCCGGCUCCACCUCUUCUCUCGCUUUUCACCAGUCUUCAGGCCCUAAGAGGAGAAAACAGGUGACGCCGAAGCAGGAGAAGGACAAAGAUCCACAAAAUGAAGCCGACAUGUCAACGCUGUCAGACACACAGUUUGGAGAAAUGCCCAGCCCGACCUCACUCUCACAUUGACCACUCGAUGUACAAGGAAAUGAAUACAUAAACAUUAGAAACCACACAAUGUGAACGGGUUCACAGGAAAAUUAGUUAGUGAACACCUAAUGUAUUGUCCCACCUAAAUAUAUUGCAUUGUAUAAUGACAUCCUAUAAUAAUGUUUUUUUGCUUUACAUUUCUUUGUUAAAUUGAUGUGAUGAUUUUGCAUUAAAAAUUUUAAACAUCUUA